UAUCUCUAAUUUUAGCAUACAGGAUUAGUUUCUUUCAUCAAAUAGAUAGAAAAAUCCAAAAAGAGGAAGAAAAAGCCUUAAAAGGCAUGGAUGAAACCUGGAGUGGGGACCCCUUCUCCCUCCCCAAAGGAUAAAAAGACUUUUGUCUUGCCUUUAAAUUUCAUAAAUUAUCAUAUUUAUUUGUUGUGAUUUCCAAGUUAUCAGCCCCCUCAUGUAAGGGUACAUUUCAAUUAAGUCUUUAUUUAUUUUUAGUACUUUUGUGAUACUAAAUUUUUAUUUACACCAUCUUUUGUGCAUUAAUUAAGGUGACAUUUUAUGUUUUCUCAGUAAUAGUAUCUUCAUUUUAAUUAUUUUUUUGAGAUUUCUUUCUUGUAAAUUGAGUUUGGCAUUCAUCUUGAGAUCCAUUACUGUACCACCGGUUCAUUCAUCUUGAGAUCCAUUACUGUACCACCGGUUCUUUGUGCACCGAUGAGUUAAUAAUGAAACCUUAACUAUUCUACCUAUACGAUUGUGUUCUAGACCAUCCUUUCGUUUUCAACGAAUUGGUAUUUUUACCAUAAAGAAAGAGUGGAAAUGUUUUUAAGACACUUCCAAGUGGCCGCCAUUUGGUGCUUUUGACUUUUGAUUUGUUUACUAGUUUCGUGCAUUCAUCACAUUGGUGUUUGGACGGCCCACUUAUACAGAAACAUGGUAUUGUAGAGUGCUUGACCACUUUGGUAUAAUUGCUUUUCUUUACAUAUACAAAAUUUUUAUGUGUGACAUUGAGACUUGAAUCCAGGAUCUUUUACUAUGUUGAACCACCUAAUCCAAAAAGGUUAAUCUGUCAGAAAGGGGAUUUAUUUAAUAUAUAUACUUUAUUUUUGAAGCAUUAUUUGCUAUUAUCUACAACUGUAAUAUUGUAAUGAAGUUUCCAAUGUGCAAAUAAGUGAACUUUCUUCAUUUUGUGUUACGGUGCUGCCGUCGGAAGUAGAUGAGUGAAUUUUGUCUCCAUAACAUGUAGUUUAUGGAUGCAACGGAUGAUUUGAGCAUCCUAAAUUGAGCAGAAACUUCCUGAAUACUUAGAGAGUGGUUUUUAGUACUGAACUUGUUUCUGUCCAAAUAGCCUGCGGCACCUUUCGCCUAUUUGUUUUCUUCUGCUUAUGUGACUGAUAGUAAUCUAAAAGUGACAGUCAUUAAUCAAGUAGGUGGAAUGAGACUUGCUUGAGAUGAACUUUAUUUGUUCUUCAGUUUUUCUCUGCCAUUACAUCCAAGACACCUUUCAGGUUGGCCAUUUCUUGUAUAGGAGUAAAGAUAUAUUUUUGUUUAUCUUAUAUUUCAUUAGAAAGGCUAUUAUUUCUUGACAUUUAAUGCAAAAAGGGUUACACUGUCUUGUUUCUUGCACUCAGAAUGUUGCUAUGAUAACAAUUGUUUGUAAUGGCCUCUAAUCUGUCCAGGACCGAUAAUGCAAUCAAGAAUCACUGGAAUAGUUCUUUGAAGAAGAAGUUUGAUUUCUAUUUGGCUACUGGGGAUCUUCCACCCGUUUCUAAAAAUGUUAUGCAAACCGGCUGUAGGAUUGUGAAUAGAGCUUCAACUAGAGAUCUUGUUUGCGCAAAUAAAGGAACAAAUUCAACCACCUUAGUUUCGUCAGGAGCUACAGAUACAUGUAAAAUUGAAGAUGGGAAGGAUAAGCUAGAAACUACCACUAAUGGAUUUCAUGAUAUAGCUGGAUCAGCUACUAAUCCCGGGAAUGAGUCUGUGGAUCUUCAAGGUGCUACAUGUGAGCUAGUGCAAUCAGUAGUUGAUCCUAUCCAUUCAAGUACAGAAUGCAAGUUCGAUAGAUAUGGAACACAUCGUGUAGUUGAUCAAUACUUGCACGAUGAUAUUCCCUUAUAUGGGACACUUUAUUAUGAGCCACCACAUACAGAUUCUAAUCUUCCAGAUAUUUCUCGGAUGCACUCUGAAUCAGACAUUAGUCCUAUAAUGUCACCUGUGACUUUCUUCACUCCACCUAGCUCGGAAGGAGGAAAUUUUUUUGCACAAACUCCAGAAUCUAUAUUGAAAAUCGCUGCCAAAAGCUUUCAUAAUACUCCAUCCAUAUUGCGAAGAAGAAAGUCUGGUAGCCUGUUAUCUGCACCAGCAAGUAAAAAUUCCCGAGUAGAUAGGGAAGCAGUUCAGGAAACAUGUCAAUCUACCAGCGAGUAUAAUCAAACAAAAAUUUCAGAGGAUAUGGAGUCACAAGUAAGUUUGCAUACAAAUAUUUCAGGCGAAGGUGAUUUAGGAUUAUGUAAUGGGAAGUCGUACAAUUUAUCCCCUCCAUAUCUGUUAAGAUCGAAAAGGACUUCUGUUCUUAAGUCUGUCGAGAAGCAGCUUGACUUCGCAUUUGCAAUGGAGCAGGAGUGUUGUAAUGAAAAUACUGAGUCUGAGGAUUCAACAGUUAAAGAAAUCCCUCCUGUAACAAAGUUUGUCUAUACACGUCAAAGACGGUUGAGUUAGAACGGCAAUCUAACGUGGAAAUUGACCUGAACUGACUAGAAGUGAGGAAUGGAUGCGUAAAGAUAUAGCGCCAGAUGUAUAAAAUCUCAUUCUUGAAGAUAAACUCGAGGUUUAUGUUUGGCAUGUCAUCUCUUUUUCCACCUUAGGCUCGUGGAAAAAGCACUGGCCUCGCUUGGUUUGAUCAUUGCAGGUGAUGAGUAAAUGGCUAUAUGGAGAAUAUGUCUCACCGAUUCUUUUGAUUUAUGUAACAUGAUUCAAGCUUCAAUUGAUUUGUACAGUACUCCCCCCCCCCAAAAUAAAUGGAAGUAGGAAAACAUACACAUGCAAAAAAUCAUAGUUUUUGAAAUAACACCUUCUUCUUUCAAAGCUAAAAUUUGCUGAAAGUAUCAUGGUAUGUAUUGCAUUCUCUUAUUGUACUUCUGCUACUGUUGAUCCAAGUACAAAUUCAUA